AUGUCAUGCCCAAUAUUCAACGGUGAUCAUAGAUACUCUCAAACUGAUCAAUGGUUACAAAUGGCCCAUCCAAUGGCGCGGCGACAACUGGCCAACGAGGAUGAAGUAGUUUUCGACACGUUUACUAAUAUGAAGGAAAAUAACAUGAAAGAGGAUGAGUCAAGCGGUUGCGCCAUCUGCCUGGAGGAAUAUAAAGCAAACGAGACACGAGCAACCAUUAGCGCGUGCAGCCAUAGGUAUCAUGCUACUUGCAUAAAGGCAUGGCUUAAGGAGAACGAUACUUGCCCACUCUGCAGAUCACAUGUCGUUUGA